UAAAAAAUAAAAACAAGCCAAUGGCAAUGGCUACUAAUCUCUUCCACAGAAUCCCUCCUCUCUCUCAUUCCUUCUCUUUCACCACCACUACCAAUCCCCGCUGCACCUCUUUCCACCUCAAAGCAGCGUCAACUGUUAUGGAGGGAAGCGAGAUCGAGGAAGAAAAGGAAGGUUCUAGUGUGAGAAAGAAGAUAUUUGUUGCGGGGGCCACUGGGAGCACCGGGAAGAGGAUUGUGGAGCAGCUUCUGGCUAAGGGAUUUGCUGUUAAAGCUGGUGUUAGGGAUGUCGAUAAGGCUAAAUCCACCUUCCCUGGAAACAAUCCUCAUCUUCAAUUUGUGAAAGCAGAUGUGACAGAGGGUUCGACAAAAUUAGCUGAUGCGAUUAGCGAUGAUUCCGAUGCAGUAAUAUGUGCUACAGGUUUUCGGCCUUCGUGGGAUCUGUUAGCUCCAUGGAAGGUUGAUAAUUACGGCACAGUAAACCUUGUUGAAGCUUGCCGCAAGAAAAAUGUGAACAGAUUUAUUCUCGUAAGUUCAAUUCUAGUGAAUGGAGCUGCCAUGGGCCAGUUGUUAAAUCCUGCUUAUAUAUUUCUCAACGUAUUUGGGCUCACCUUAGUAGCAAAGCUUCAAGCAGAACAGUACAUUCGAAAAUCUGGUAUCGAUUAUACAAUUAUCAGGCCUGGGGGAUUAAAGAACGAUCCACCUAUGGGUAAUAUAGUCAUGGAGCCGGAGGAUACACUUUAUGCAGGUUCAAUAUCGAGAGAUCAGGUGGCGGAAGUUGCAGUUGAGGCACUGCUUCUUCCGGAAUCUUCCUACAAAGUUGUGGAGAUUGUUGCUCGGACCGAAGCUCCUAAGCGUUCGUUUGACGAGCUCUUUGGUACUAUCAAACAAAAGUGACUUUGGCGGCCAAUUCUCACUAUUGCAGAGUAUGAAUUUGAAUUUGGUAAAACUCAAAACACAGAAUUUGUAAUCCAGUUUGUAUUCUUUUAAGUUCUAAGUCUAGCCAUAUUGAAAAGAGAAA